AAAGUGGAAAUGGAAGAGAGGGGGCGGAAGUGACGGAAAAGCAGCUGGUGGAAGGGAGGAUCGUGUGCAGGGUCACCCUGGAAGGGCAGGACAGAAAGUUCCACAUAAGGCAAAGAGGGUGUCGGAGCGGAGAGGGGGGUGCGGCAAGGAGAAGCUACGAAUUGCACCCCUCCCCGUUUCUCCCACCCAGCAGCAGCAGCAACACCUGGACAAACGUGUGGGAUAAGAUGGCACUUUGACGCACAAGCUGCCCUCCAACAGGCCAUCACAAGUGGGAGCCGGGCAGUUGCAGAAUGAAACGAUGGAUGGUGGGGUUAACCCCCUCCUCCCCGAUAGCAUCCUCGUCGAGAUCUUCUUGUAUCUGGACUACGCAGAUGUGCUCUCGGCGGGACUGGCCUGCCGGCAGUGGCGCGCAGUAGCUCAGGACGAAGUCCUCUGGAAGGAACUCUUCUAUAAAUACUACAGAGUAGCGCGAGACGUCCCACGACACCCAGCUGCAGCCUCCUGGUACGGCGAGUUCCAACGGCUGUACGACACCAUCCCCUGCGUGGAGGUGGAGACGUUGAAGGAGCACAGCGACCAGGUCGUCCACCUCAGCUUCUCCCACAAUGGCUACAUGUUCGCCUCCUGCUCCAAGGACUGCACCGUCAAGAUCUGGAACAACGACCUCCAGCUCUCCCUGCUGCACAGUGCCAGCAUGAAGGAGUACAACUGGAGCUACACGCAGUUCUCGGAGUUCAACGCGGACGAUUCCCUCCUCCUCGUCUCGGGGGUUUUCAUAGGGCCCCGGACUUCCUCGUCGGGCGAGAUUGCAGUCAUCAGCUUGGAGAACUUCCGGCUCCUCUCCCGCGUGCGCAAUAAGCCCGCCGACGUGUUUGGCUGCUGGCUGAACGAGACCAACCUGAUCUCCGGCAACUUGCACCGCAUCGGCUACCUAACCUCGUGUUCCGUCUUGUGGCUGAACAAUGCCUUCCAGGGGAUCGAGUGUGAGAACAUGAACGUGGUGAAGAGGCUCUUCAAGAUCCAGAACCUGAACGCCAGCACCAUCCGGACCGUGAUGGUGGUGGACUGCAGCCGCUACGACACCCCCGGCCUCGUGCCGGGCCACGGGGAGCGCUUGCGGGACAGGGCCGCUGCUGCCCCCUGCAAGGUCAUCGACCUCUGCAGCGACAGCGAAGAGGAGGUGGAGGAAGACCAGCAGCAGCCGGCCAGACAGAGAGCAGAGGAGGAGCGGGGCUCGGAGAAUCCCCCUGGAGCCGAGAGCGAGGCGGCAGCAGCUGAGGACGGGCUGGACCGCUUCCUGAAUGACGUCAUCGAGGGCCGUGUCCGGCCAGUCAUGACGGAGCUGGAGCUGGAGACGAAGGUGGCUCAGCUCCUGGCCCAGAACAGGACGAAGCCCCCCGAGCCCAACCUGCUCUGCACAGAGGGGGGCAACAAGAAAUACUUGAUCUUCACCACCGGGUGCCUCACCUAUUCACCACACCAGAUUGGCAUUAAGCAGAUCCUGCCUCACCAGAUGACAACCACUGGCCCAGUCCUCGGAGAGGAAAGAAACUCUGACAAGUUCUUUGAUUCACUGGACCACAUCAUUGACAUCCAUGGGCAUAUUAUCGGCAUGGGCCUCUCCCCAGACCACAGGUACUUAUACGUGAACAGCCGCGCCUGGCCCCCGGACUGCGUCAUUCCCGACCCUUUGCAGCCGCCCCCCAUCGCUGCAGAGAUCGACCUGCACGUGCUGGACCUCAAGACCAUGACAGAAGUGAAGCGGGCCCUGAGGGCGCACCGGGCCUACACGCCCAGCAACGAGUUCUUCUUCGUUUUCCUCGAUGUCAGCAGGGAUUUCGUGGCCAGCGGGGCUGAGGACCGACACGGCUAUAUCUGGGACCGGCACUACGACAUCUGUGUGGCCAAGCUGCAGCACGACGACGUGGUCAACUCUGUGGCCUUCAGCCCCAUGGAGCAGGAACUCUUGCUGACUGCCAGUGCAGACAGCACCAUCAAAGUGUGGCGCUCGCCCCGCACUGCGCGGAUCCUCCAGGCCCAUAAGCCCCUGUUCUCCUGGGCCACGAACCAGAGACCCUGAGCCUGGGGGCUCAUCAGGCAGUUGUCGGCACCCGCGCAGUCGGUGAGGCUCAGCUGCGUUUGGUGAGAGCUGAGGCGCAUUUAAGGUUGGGCUCGAGGCCUUGCGGGGACUCCCCCCGCCCCCAACCUCUCUUUGAACUGCGUUCACUGUGUGGUUCAUUUAGGUUUGCUCACGUAGCUCUGCAGGCAACGCUUUACUUGCCUCCUGGGGGCAGCAGAGGCUCCCCGACUGCCUCCUCCAAGCUAGACCGUCACAGGUGAGGAUAAGGAAACGUAGGGGCACCAACUCUCUUCCCAGGAUGGCCCCUGUGCCUUUUGCACCCACACAGCAAGCGGAAAUUCAACCUUGGAAGUUUCCCCUGCCAGGUUUCUGCUUCUUCAAAGCACAGGCAGCUGGUUUUUGGGGGGUGGGAGGGAGAGCUGCCCUCCAGCUCCACAAAUCUCUGCUGCAGCUGCUCUGCUGGAUUGAGUUUCACUCCCUGACCUUUGGGAUGGAGGAAGCUGCUGCUACGCACAGCUGAAUGAAGGCCAGCUGGUGUCCUGAAGUGGGCAAGGCCUGCAGGACCCCGGGAGGUGAUGGGCCCGGGGCUGGAACCAUGCCUAGCUCCUCAGCGGUCCUCAAAUGAUAGGGGGGUAGGGGGAGAGGCUUCUUGCCUUCUGUGAUGACCCCUGUUAGCCACUGUUUCAGAAGCUGGGGCAGAUGUGAAUUCCACUAAUCCCCCUCCUAAUUCAAGCCCCGUUCUCCAGCAGCCCACCCUGUUGGUGACCUUCUCACGUUACUUGCGGAUUGGGAAGGGAUGAGGAACACAGGCAGGAGCCAAGUUUGGGUUGGGGGAAGCUCGGAAGGAAAAAGAGGCAAGACACACACACACACAGAGAGAGCGUUGCAGCAUGUGACAGCUUGGAAGCACUUCAGAGCCAGUCCAGCACAGCCUGUAAACCAGGGGUGGGCGGAAGUCCAGAUGUUUGGACUUCAACUCCCAGAAGUCCAGAACAUCUGGAGAUCUAGCUUCUCCCCACCCCUGCUACGAAUCACAGCUUCCUUUUGCAGCAGUUGUUUGAACGCACUUUAAAAACACCCAGCUCAUCUGCUUUGUCUUCCAGGGACUGGGGGGUGGAGAAAGGCACAGGAAGCUGCCUACAACGCGGUGACCAGCACCUCCUCCCCCCUGCCUCUCGAACGAUGCAGGCACUGAGCUUAAUCCUUGCGGAUUGUGGCCUUGCUCCAGGAAGCACGCCAAGGGGAGGGGCUUCUGGAACACAGGAGACAUGGUCUCCGCAGCGCAGCCUGGCCUCAAUAAAACUUCUUGAAAGCACAA